AGAAUGUGAACCAACACGUGCUUUUUGACAUUUUCAUGGACUGUGUUUUCAUUUUAUAAUAUAUUCUUUGAUGUUGUUAUCGUUAUCUAUGUCUCGUUGGUUUGACAUUGCGUUCAUCUAAUCAAAUAUAUAAAUGCAUACAAAUUAGCUUCUGCCUAUGAUGCAAGGGAAUAUAGGCCUAACACAUGGCGCUUGGUCUUUGACCUUUGACCUUGCAGUUAUUCAACAUUGUUCUGUACAUUUUGUACACAACCUGUACAUUUGUGUACAUGAAUUCACCACAACAAGAUGAAAAUGGCAUCUCUUUUCAGUCUGGUAGGCCGCCAUGCUGUUCGUGCUGGGCGACGAUGUCUCUCAACAGCAGCUGAUGUGGAAGCAGCUGCAGUAUCUGGUGGAUUUAGUUUUGAACUGACUGACGAACAGAGAGAGUUCCAGACACUUGCCAGGAAGUUUGCUCGUGAGGAAAUCAUUCCUAUCGCGGCUCAUCAUGACAAAACAGGAGAGUACCCUACGGAAAUUAUUAAGAAAUCCUGGGAACUUGGUCUGAUGAAUGGACAUAUUCCAAAAGAGCAGGGUGGGCUUGGACUUGGUAUUUUCGACACCUGUAUGAUUGCAGAGGAGCUUGCUUAUGGAUGCACUGGUAUCGCCACGGCAAUCGAGGCGAAUUCACUGGGGCAAAUGCCAGUCAUCCUAUCCGGAAACGAGGCUCAGAAAAAUAAAUAUUUGGGGCGAAUGAUUGAGGAGCCACUCAUGUGUGCGUACUGUGUGACGGAGCCUGGAGCUGGCUCAGAUGUUGCAAAUAUUCAAACCAAAGCCGUGAAGAAGGGGAACGAAUGGGUCUUGAAUGGAUCAAAGAUGUGGAUAACGAACGGAGGUUAUGCUAAUUGGUACUUCGUACUGGCAAGGACAGACCCCGGUCAGUCUGCCGGAAAAGCCAUGACAGGUUUUAUUGUAGAUGGUGACAGUCCUGGUUUGACCCGCGGAAAGAAGGAAUGGAACAUGGGCCAACGGGCGUCAGACACUCGAGCGAUUAAUUUUGAGGACGUGGUUGUACCACAGGAGAAUGUUCUUGGUUCAGAGGGCGUCGGUUUUAAAAUUGCCAUGGGAGCAUUUGAUAAAACAAGACCUUCGGUAGCAUCAGGAGCUGUUGGGCUGGCCCAGAGAGCGUUAGAUGAGGCGACGAAAUAUGCAAUGGAGAGAAAAACCAUGGGAAAGCUUAUCUGUGAGCACCAAGCUGUAGCCUUCAUGCUGGCAGAGAUGGCCAUAGGCAUUGAGACGUCCCGGCUUGUGAUGCAGCGCUCUGCCUGGGAGAUUGACCAGGGCCGGAGGAACACAUAUUAUGCCAGUAUCGCCAAAGCCCUUGCUGCUGAUGUCGCAAACAAAUGCGCAACUGAUGCUGUCCAGAUCUUCGGUGGCAAUGGCUUCAACUCUGAAUACCCAGCAGAGAAGCUGAUGAGAGAUGCAAAAAUCUAUCAGAUUUACGAAGGCACCGCUCAAAUCCAACGGAUGAUAAUUUCUCGGGAAUUGUUAACAAAAGCUAAGCAGAUGGGACUCUAAUAAGAUUUGAUAGAAAAAUUUGUAAGGAAACAAAUAAAGAUGUCGUACGGCAUAUUAUCAUCAUUAAAAAUAGCCGCCAAAAAUAGAUAAUUCAACAUGCGCUACCUGCAUUGUUGUUGUUGUUGUUGUUGUCCGUGGGUUGUUCCGCAAGGGCCACAUAUAUGUCAAAAUUCCAGACCAUGACGGGUGGCAAACAAGCCAUUCAAAUGACUGCAACCUGCAACCUUAAUUGCAUGCGACGAAAUUGCUUGUUUGCAUGCCUGCGAAAGGAAUUGGAUGAUAUGACCUACAUGUGAUCAAAAUUGAACCUGCUGAUCAGAGAUUUCUAGCACUAAGGGGCAGUUACAUUUUCUUCGUUUUUUCAAACCAGUCUAUCGUGGCCUGAUGUGCAUGUAAAUUAUUGCUUUAUGGCUGGUUGCAAUAAAUAGAAAACAAGUUCAAAAGUUGCUGUACGAGUUUUCUUUUAAGAGUCUGUUUUUAGUGGCAGCAAGUGUGCUGCUUUUCAUUGCUGUAGAGUGUAGUCACGGCGAAGAAGGUAGGACUUUUUUAGGUUGUUUCCAUUCAAUUUGACCUCUCUACUUGUAGAACACCUCUCUAUUUAAGACAUCACUUAUCAGUCCCGUGGGUCUUGGGUCUUGGGUCUUUGUUUUGUAUACACCCCCUCCCCCCCCCCCGUGAUGUCCUUGAUAGAGAGGUUCAACUGUACCCUGAAAGUUCCAAGCGGAUUUCAGAUCGCUAAUGGAUUUUUUGGGCCCAUUUAUGUUUGGCUCAAAUAUCGCAAUAGUUCAUGAAGAUUGCCAUUUUUAUCGUUUGACAUCAUACGAUGGUCUGUUGUGAAAUGUCACCUUCUGUCAAGGCGAGGGGUUGUCGUUGACACAGUGCUGUUGAUGUCAUUUUUUGGCAACAUGGCCGACUUUUUUUGGCACUGAGAAGGAUGCUUGCCCCUCGAUUCAUCGAUUUUAAUGUCUGUAUUUCAUGUGGCAAUAAUUUGGGACAGAAAUUGAGUCCGUUAUGAUUUAUCUUGUUGGUGUCUUUUAACAUGCUGAAGGUUCUCUCUAUCAAAUUUCCACUGUCAACAUUGAUGAUAAUGAUUGUGUUUUUUUACAAUUUGCACUAUCAACAUUCAUGACAAUUUUGUUCUACAUUCCAACUUUUGCAGGUGACUUCUAAAAUGCUUUCCCCACAGGAAUUCUGGGCAGAGGUCCAGAUGUUCGGUUUUUUUCAUCUCUAUUCACAACUGAGUUGGGCCUGGGAUUAUGAAGGGCAGAAACUUUGGCCUGAUAAAUAGGGUUCUUAACCCUUAAAGGGGUACGGGUUAAGAAUUAUUGUUGGUCCAGGAAAAUAGAAAUGCAAUCAUACACAAUGCUCUGGUGCAGUUUUUGUGCAUAUAAAUUUGCUGAAACUCGAUGUUUAAAUAUUUGUAUAACUGUCUACCAAUUGCCAUUGUUGAAAUUUCAUAUUCAGUACAUAUUUACACAGUUUCAAAAUUUCAUUACAAAUUUCAAUAUUUGAUGACAAGCGUAGGCCUUAAAAGAACUUCUGUGUUAGUGCAAAAAUUAAAACACUGAGGACAGUCCACCUGGCCUGGCUAUCAAAUCUCACCUGGGACAUUUGACCCCUUUACCGUAUGGUCUGUUGUGUUUGGUCUAUAAGACCAUGUUAUUUCACGCUCUUGAUAUCACAACCAACCGGGACAUCACCAGAUAAACCAUGAAGCUUGCCCUGUGUCUAGUAUUUGCUGUUUACUUCUGUGUUUCUCAGGAGACACAAGCUGCCACCAUUGAACGUUGCCCCGAUGGUUUAGUUUUCAUGCAUUGCUUCGCUGUUCCUUGCCAGGUCUCGGAAUGUGGUGUUGAUGGUGCAGUCUGUCGCUCCAAUUACUGUGGGGGCUGCAAUGCAGAAUGGUACAAGAAUGGUGUCAGAGUUUGUAACCGGUAGGGGUUGGACAAGAUAGCAACCUAGGGUUAAUGAAGAGUCCCCUGUAGAUAAUUUUCAAAACAGGACACACUUCUCUGUAAACAGCAGGGCAUCCUAUACUGAAUAAAAGUUGUAAAAGAUCAAUAGA